AUGGGAAUUCCACAUCUAAUAACUUUCUUGCGUCCUUAUACAACUCUCGAUUCGUUGAAGGGCAAAGAUGUUGUGAUUGACGGUCCAGGUUUGGCAUAUCAUAUCUACCAUGUAUGUUUAGGUACCAAAACGUCUGCGGGAAACUACUUUGAAGCAAAUCCAUCGUAUAAAGAGCUUGGAGACACUGUAUUGGCAUGGCUGGAUGGCCUAGAAAGGAGCGAUGCUGUUGUGAAAAGGAUAUACUUUGAUGGAUAUCUACCCCCAGCCAAAUUAGAUCCGAUAUGGGGGAUCAUUCUCACUGGCGAUUCCGAUCUUCUCGUUCAUGAAAUUGGAACCGACAGUUCUGUGAGCUUCUUUCAAGAUGUUGAAGUUUCAUCCAAGGCCGAUUCAUGGAUGCUACAGUCCCAAAUAUUCCAUGCUGGAUCCAUCAUCAAGCGAUUAGGGCUCCCCCCUUCAUAUGGUAUUCGUGCUCUUGCUUUUGAGAUUUUCAUGGAUUGUCAUGGUAGCUUUUCGAAGUUGCUGAAACAAGCAAUUGCGUUAACCGCCAUCAAUCAGCACCAAAAAAUGUAUAAAGACUUUGUCAAGGAGUAUUUGCCAGUGGAUAUUGAUGUAGCCACUCUCAGUUCGGAGCUGCUCAAACCUUCUGUAGUUAAGACUGCUCUGCAAGUUCUUGAUCCUCGUAUUUGUGAGUAUGUUCUUCAGUUUCCUUAUUUUAUGAAAUGUCUUGGCCUUUCCCAAUCUUCAAGCGGCCUCCAGGAUGGUGCAAAUAACAUCAACAUUUUUCUUCCAUUUCUCGUUGAUUCCCCAUCUCGAACCAAUGCUUGGGAGAUGUCCACAUCCAUCCGACAACUGGCAUAUGGUUGUAUCAAUCUAGUACUUCCAGUCGAAGAGAGGAGGACCUCCGUUUUUGAGAAUAAACGGCAAGCCAAUGCUUCGCGCGGGAGGGAGUGGGAAAUUCCAGGUGCUCCAGACAUUUCAGAGGCUUGCACUGAAGUUAUAAACUUCCUUCGCGAGACACGGUCCAAGGUCAAGGGACAAAGCGCUGCUGAUCACUGGACCUCAAUCUCAUUUACACAGGAUGCCCAGUGGUCGGAGUCGAUAGACAAAGUAAGCCUGGGCAGAAAGGUUUUGGCUGGACUCCAAAUCUCAGCCCCAAGUGACAGUAUCCGUAAGAAAAGUGAGUGGGAUUGGGAUAUGAUACAUGUCAUAGCCCAAAUCCAAGGAUCUCAUUACUCUUUCAGAAUUUUGAAGCAGAUGAUAAGCUUUUUGACCCUGAUUGGUGGCCGUAACUCAGUUCCUUUACCACUGUUGCAACUAAAUGAUAUGCUUCAAGACCUGCCAUGUCUCAGUGAUCUCAAUGGGUUCGAAAAAAUGGACUACAUCUUAAGGACAAUGAAAGAAAUGAUUCUUGGAGAUUUGAGUCAAACCAUUGGAAUAUCUACUGCCACUUCUGCGGAAGCAUCUAAGCAAAAGAAGAAACGGAAGCGGGACAACUCGAAUCGAAAUGGUACAGCAAACAAAAAGCCAACAAAUCCAUUUGAUGUAUUAGGUACUGAUUGGUAA